AUGACAGCCAUGGAAGAGCUUACUCUCCUUGCAGGUCUGGCCCUUCUGCUAAAUACUCAUCUAGGUUCUGCUUACCAGCUGACAUGCUACUUCACUAACUGGGCCCAGUACUGGCCAGGCCUGGGGCACUUCAAGCCUGAUGAUAUUGACCCCUGCCUAUGUACUCACCUGAUCUAUGCCUUUGCUGGGAUGAGGAACAAUGAGAUCACCACCAUUGAAUGGGAUGAUGUGGCUUUCUACCAAGCUUUCAGUGGCCUGAGAAACAAGUAAGAUGAAAUAUAAAAGUUUGAUUUUACCACAGGGUGUUGGGACCACCAAGGUGUUCCCUCACAUUGCCUUCUUUGGGUCUCCUUUAGCUUCACUGCCAUGGUUUCCACUCUUGAAAACCACCAGAAUUUCAUUGCCUCGGUCAUCAAAUUCCUGCACCAGUAUGAGUUUGAUGGGCUGGACUUUGAGUGGGAGUACACUGGCUCUUAUGGGAGCCCUCCUCAGGACAAGCAUCUCUUCACUGUCCUACUGCAGGAAAUGCGUGAAGCUUUUGAGCAGGAGGCCGAGGAGAUCAACAAGCCCAGGCUGAUGAUCACUACUGCGGUAGUGGCUAGCAUCUCCAACAUCCAGUCCAGCUACGAGAUCCCCCAGCUGGCCCAGUACCUGGACAACAUCCAUGUCAUGACCUAUGACCUUCACGGCUCCUGGGAAGGCUACCCUAGAGAGAACAGCCCCCUGUACAAAUACCCAACUGAAAUGGGCGGCAAUGCCGACCUCAAUGUGGAUUACGUCAUGAACUACUGGAAGGACAAUGGGGCCCCAGCUGAGAAGCUCAUCGCUGGCUUCCCCACCUACAGCCACACCUUCAUCCUGAGUGACUCCUCCAACACUGGCAUCGGUGUCCCCACCUCUGGCGCUUGUCCUGCUGGGCCCUACACAAAGCAGGCUGGGUUCUGGGCCUACUAUGAGAUCUGUACCUUCUUGAAAAAUGGAACUACUGAGGUAUAGGAUGCCCCUCAGGCUGUGCCCUAUGCCUCAGGCAAUGAGUGGAUUGGCUAUGAUGACGUCAAGAGCCUCAGUGUCAAGGCUCAGUGUCUUAAGGAGAACAAUUUUGGAGGUGCCAUGAUCUGUGCCGUUGACCUGGAUGACUUCACAGGCACAUUCUGUAACUAGGGCAAGCUCCCCCUUGUCAACACCCUGAAGAAAGCACUUGGGCUGCCGAGUGCAGGUUGCACUGUCCCUGCUCAGCCCGUGGAGCCCAUAACUCCCCCGGGAGAAAGUGGGAGCAGGAGCAGCAGCUCUGGGGGCAGUUCUGGGGGCAGUGGAUUCUGUGCAGGAAAGGCCAAUGGCCUCUACCCUAUGGCGAAUAACAAAAAUGCCUUCCAGCACUGCCUGAAUGGAGUCACAUACCAGCAGAAUUUCGAGGCCAGGCUCAUCUUUGACACCAGCUGUGAUUGCUGCAACUGGGGGUGGACCUGA